CAAAAAGAGGCUGUACCAGGUCAUCAGUGGAGACGCCAUCUUGUUGGAGCCCACUGACAGGCCGUUAGAAGUCGCUCUUACCGCUGCCCGAGGCCCACGAUUCGUGCUACGUCUAAAACAGGACCCUACUCAACAGAAUGGACCGAAGUUCGCACGUACUUGUAUCAAGCCUGAUGUAAUCACGGAUUUCGCCUCGUCGAUUAAUAUAGAAAACAGGAAGUCACCGCUACCAAGGGAUGUGAAUGCAAUCGCUUUACAAAGACAGUAUCGACCGUCUCUGUUCGCACAGCAAGCGUUAGCCGGAAUGGCUGAGGACAUUCAACCGGGGAAGGCUUUCCAGCCGCCAGUCGAGGCACGGAGGUCGACAGUCCGCAAGCAGAAGCGCCGUGAUCAUGCGGACGCGCCAGAGACUCGGAGCAGCAUGCGCUCGACCAAGUCAUCCUCAUCCAAAUCGUUCAGGCGCGGCUUCAGCUUGAGGCAGAAAUCGGUUGAAGAGAUCAAAAUGAAGUCACCUACUGAGUUGUCCACUGAGGAGGCCUCGCCAGGUCUCCUGAAGAUUUUUGGCGACACGAUUUGUCCUGGCGCCCAUUAUAAAAGUGUUUUAGCAAGUGUAAAUUCAACUGCCAAGGAAUUGGUAAAGGAAGCUUUGGAACGUUAUGGCGUUGAUAAGACGAGUGCUGGAAAAUAUGUGCUGUGUGAUGUGAUAGGGAAGUUUGCGCAAGAUAGUGAGAAAAGAGAGUCAUCUAAAUGGACUACGGAAUGCUUACGAAUCAUAGGUGAUAAUGAACAACCUUUAAUUCUUCAAUCGUAUUGGAAACCGGAUGAAGGUUUCUGCAGACGAUUUGAACUGCAUGAAAAAGAGGAAGUGACGACAUAUGACGAUGAUACGACGACACAUGGACUAAACGCGAAUGCGCGGAAAAUGUUGAUUAUGCAAACGCGACCGGAAGCGGUCCAAAAUAGAAAGGAACAGUUUUUGAGGGAGUUGUCAAAUUCAGAGAUGCCCAAGUUUCGGUCUACACCGGACUUGUGCGGUGGGGAUAAAGGAUUAACGACUGCUAGGAUACAAGCGGAUCUGGAACGCCAAACUUGUCAGAGUGGUUUAUCAGGGUCAGAAUCAUCCACCUAUAGUGUCAAGGCUCCGCUAGAGUUCCCUUACUUUAUCACGUUACGUGGUUAUGACUUGGUCAACGAUUUUGUGCUAUAUACCUUCCAGGACCAAAUCACGCUAAUCGGCAGUGGGUCGAAUGGCGAACACAAACUAGAUAUUGUUCUUAGUGCGCCGGAUAUUUUACAUCAACAUUGCUGGGUUUGUCAAGACUUGGAGGACAACCCACAGCAUGUGACUAUCAAGCCGUUUACGGGCGCUACUGUGGGUCUGAACGGUGUACCUGUCAGUUUGAACGGGUCAACCCUCCACCCCGGGGAUAUCAUAACCCUCGGGACCUAUUACGUCUUUCUGUUUAAGGACCCUAUCAUCAUGGCUGAGAUGCCUCGGAAUCUCCCCUGGCUUAGCCAACUUGGGCACCCGCAGUCCCCACAAGUGAGGCUCAAAUCAGACACUGACCUUCCCUCCCCUGCUAAACCACCUACACCUUGCUCCGCGUGGAGGAAGCAGAAGCGACGGGAAUACGAAAGUGACAACACGCGGUUAAAACUGAGUUAUUCAUUAGACCAAGAGGACUUGUUGUUGGAGCACAUCAUGGAGUGUAUGGACAACUCCCCUACGCCAUACCCUCUCUGUCCAGCCUACCUCAGUGCGAUGACAGUGGAGUACGCCGCUGUGACGUAUGACCAGGUCCAUUUGAGGGCGCUGCUACUCAAGAUGGCCACCGCAAUGCAAACGAGGGUCUGGGCUAAAGCGAAGUUAGUGUCCGACAAACAACCAAACAGACAUGUUGACAAAAGCACCUACAUCUACGAUGUCCUCGAUGACCUUGAACCCGUGAUCGUCUGGCUGAACAACAGCGUGGAGUUCUACCAGUUUCUUCAAGAGCACCAGUCAGAUAUCCUAAUGGAGGCUGAGAAAGCUCUGCCUCCAGGCACAAGGGACUCCAUUGUCAAUGCUGAGGAUGAGUCCCUUGCCUUACUUGAAGACGUCGUCAUGUAUGGGUUCCAGCAAACGGUUUAUUACAUUACUAAGAUUCUAACCAAAACGUCCUCUCGAGGCAGCGAUGCGUUGUACCUAAGCCUUCCCGCAGUAUUAGAAUGCAACCCCUUCGCGGAUGGCGACUCAGUACAGGAGGAUCAACCAAAACCCGCAGGGACCAUCCAGAGUAUGGUGAACACCUUCCAGGCAGCUCUGGAGAUCCUUGAACGGCUCAAGGUGCACAAGGAACUCAUACACAGCCUCUUUUCGUACCUAUUCUUCUUCGUCAACACGUCACUGUUCAACUCACUCAUGGAGAAAGAUGUUGGUCACAAGUACUACAAGUGGUCCAAAGGAGUUCAGAUCCGCGGUAACAUGGAUGCCAUCGAUGGCUGGGCAUCAGAGCAUGGCAUGCAGGAGGUGGCUGACAAAUACUUAGGAAAGAUAGACAGCCUGGCAAACCUGCUGGCUACUCCAAGGGUCCAACUCCAACAGGCUGAAUGGCACACGAUACGAAGGGACUUCCCAUCACUGAACAAGGCUCAACUGCACAAGGUCCUCUCAGAAUAUAAGUUAGGCAAUGAAGCAGUUCGACCAAAGGGCUGGUUCCCACCCCCGGAAGAUAUUGAUGAUGCCCUCAGACUUGGUGAUUUACCGGAGAGUUUCAAUAAUCAUCCGCCACUGCACAUACCAUCUGAAGGUUUUAAAAUGGAUCUUCAUGGUGAAAUAGAGGACCAGAGUUUCCAUGAUAUCAUCCACGAAAUCAGGUCACUGCUGGGAGAAAAAGAUGAUGAUGUUGAUAGUGGUUUGAGCGUGAGUCACACCAUGCCACAGUCCCCUAACACCCCGCGGCAACCGAGCUAUGACACUCAGUCGGAGGAUGAGGUCACACGGGACUCUUUCGCACCACAUGACCAACGGAAUACUAGCAAACCCGUUGGGAAACAUGGAUUAAAACCACUUAGGAUUCCGCCACCAGCACGCAUGUUCACAACAGGCUAUAGAACGAAUUCAUUUAGGGCAGCCACAACUGACAAAAUGGCGGAGAAGGAUUCGAAGGUCGAUCAAAGUCACAGGAAACGACUUGAAGAUUCUGGGUAUAAGGAGGAUUUCAUCUCCGAGGAACCGGCCCAACAUUGUCCACCUUACGGAUACGAGCCAAAGUGUAAUGAGGAUGAUCUUGUUGGAAAUAACAGUGUGCGCGCAGAGGUAGACGCAGAACCACGGCUUACGUCAUCAUUUCGAAAAAAUAGGGAGAAAUCUGAUAGUAAAGAACAGAAUGCACAUAAUGUCAUAUCUAUGAACAAUUGGAGUUUAGGUAAGGCAAGUGGUGCAGCCCAAGCUCCAAGACAUCGUACACAGGCUCCAGCUGAAAAUGGUGAUACUAGUACGACAGGUAUCAGAUGUGUGCGCGCCGCAAUUACCCGACCUAAGGUUCCUCCACCCCCACCGAUAAUACCUCCGAAGCCUUACAAGAAACGCCAGCCAUCACCAGAAGCUAGUUCUAGCCGAAAGUCCUGGCCGCAACCGAGGAAUGAUACGGUUGUGGACGUGGGCGUGAGCCUGGAGAGGCCGGAUAAAGUGAACCGCGCAACUGGCACAGAUGCGGUACGGCCUAAACGGGAUAAAGAGCAGCACGGUUAUUCUAGUCAAAGAGAAGGUUCAGGUCGUAAGAUCCCGGAUGUGGCAUUGCGAAAUCCGUCCGUGGAGAGAAGAAAAGAUAACGGAACAUCUAGAGACUUGUCUCGAGAGAGGCGCGAGAAACGGUUUUCGGCUCCAGUGGGUGGGGUACAUUCUGACCUCCAGGAAGGUAGGGACGGGUCGACGCAAAGGCAUUUAGAACCAGUAAUACACGAAGAGGUAGCACCCUCGCAAAUGUCACCAUUUUUAUCAAAGAGGCUCAGGGCGAAAGCAGUGGUAACCAUUCAGGGUAAUUCAGAUCGUGAUGAUACAAACAAUGUUAAUGGUGCCACGGAUAUGUCACCAGAUCGCUCAGAACCGUACGGAUAUUCCCGAAGCGAACUCCAAGAAAAAUCUCGCGUAAUCGCAAGUAGUCAGUUCAAACGUGAUGCGUUAUCAGACAUUCCACCGAAAAUCCCACCAAAGGACCCUUCUAUUGAAAGGCCAUUACUGCCCUCUAAAGUUGACCAAUCAGAGGAUGAUGUACCUCCCGCUCUUCCACCAAGAACCAAUCACAUCGGCGGCUCUUACAUCGAUAUCAAACCAAUCUCGCCUCCACAGAAAAGAACUAAUCCGCCGAAUCCUCUCGUGGGAAAUGUCGCCGCAAAACGCAACCUCUUCUCAGACCCAGACACUACGAACUCUGCACCACCAAGGCCAUUAUCUUUUAGCGGUGGAUAUGGGAAUGGCUACCAACCACGAAGUCCAGAACGAGAACGGAAUGCCGGAGAUAGGCCAUCGAGAGUUGACAUGCCGAGAAACCGAGAGAAGACAAUCGAUAAUCAGUCGUCACCUAUCAGGAUCGAACCCGUGACGACGCGUCGAACCAGUGAUACAAAAAGUCGGCCGUAUUCCUACCCUGUCAAAUGGGAUAAGGACGGGAUAGAAGACUCACUGCGGAGCCCGGAGAGACCACGAAAAGUGGGGUUCGUAGACAUCACUGCAGGCAGACAGCGUCCGGGUGAAGAUCACACAGCCUACGUAGACGUGAACAAAGAAGACGGUGGACAGCCGAACGGCCUGCGAGUGCUGCCGGUAACGACGGAGUCACCAACAUUAGAAGAGCAAGGUAUCUCUGCCGACAUGAUAACACUGAACGAGAGCAAUGACGAUGACGCAGUGUUCGUGGUGGACCUGGAGCGCGGUGACCGGGGGAUAGGACUUGGACUCAUUGAUGGAUUGUUUACACCCCUACGCAAGGCGGGCAUCUACGUGCGGACUAUCGUGCCGAAUGGGAAUGCGGAGAAAGAUGGACGGCUGAGGCUUGGUGACCGCAUACUUGCCGUCAAUGGGACUAGCGUGGUCGGAGCUGAUUAUAACAGUGCUAUGCACGUGAUCAAAGGCGCUGGCGCUAAUUUGCGAUUUCUGGUGGCCAAAAGUGAUAUUGCAACGGCAGUCAAGUUAUCCGCAUCCAGUUGCUAGGAUACGAUGGGAUGGACUGUCUAGCGGGUCCUGUGGACAUGAUGGAUGGUCCUGUACAAUGGAGAUAGCUUACAAACACGAAUAUAUUUCAUCUAUGGCCUGUUAUUCGAACUUAACGACUGAACCAAGAAGUUUAUGUCAUAAUUCGUGUUGUUUUUGAAUGUCACGAUCGGGGGCGUGGUCUGGUCGAAAACUCGCAUUUGUUUGAGUUAAUUUUUUCGGGUAUACUGUGUACACUCAAUUGAUGUUGAUUUGUUUCGCUUUCGAUAUCAUAUCAGAAGGUGGUGUUACGUCAUCGCCGUCUGACUGGAAUUGAAAACAUGUUAAAAAUAGUAAACAAUUUAUUUUGGUUUGUAAAUAAGGAGGACAAAUUUUGGCGGAGAGCGUUAUAUUAUUCAGUGAAAUAAGUAGAGGAAGAGUAUUUAUCUGUCGGGUUAUAUUUCGGAAACCUCUCAUUCCACGAACACUAAAUUACCAAUUGGGACCAUAUAGUAUUGGCCGGGUCUAUUUGGCAAGCCGCUCGCCGAACAGGCAUCUUUUUUUGUCCUGUUUGGAGAGCCGCUUGCCAAACAGCACUAAAAAGCCACCCUGUUCGGCCAGCCGAGCUUGCCAAACGGGUAAAAAAUCUACCCUGUUUGGCGAGCUGGAAACUUUACUUUAAUAUUAAUGAGUUCGGCUCUCCA